AUGGACGAGGCUGCCAUGCGGGCUUCAGCAGCCUUGCAGAGGACGCAUGGCCGCGACAUCCUCGCAGCUUCCUACACGAAGAUGAUGCGGCUCAUGUUCGUCAUGCAAUCUCUCUGCAAGAAGCUCGGGUCGGAGCCGAGUGGGCAGGCAGGCAUGUUAAUUUCAACCGUAGCAAGCAGGUCUGUGCUUCCGUUGAACGGGCUAAGACUUGCAUGCUCUCUGGAGGUUCUGGCCUGGGUCUUUCUCUACACGAAGGUGUCGCUGUCGAGGAAGUGGAUUUCGCAGUCGGCGUUGAGUGCUGAUGCCUUCGGGGACAGCAGGAGCAACUCCACCUUUACCUGGGCGCAAGCUGCGAUCGUCAAGUACCAUGUCCUGCAGCAGGUGGCCUUCGUGGUGGACAACAUCACGAAGGACGAGGACUUGCGUGCCGAGCUGCGCGGGAUCCUCGAGACCUGCCUCGAUGUCGAGUCGUUCGACAAGAAGUUCCUGCCCCCGGAGCCGAAGUCGACGAAGGAGUCGAAUGUCGAGGUCGUCGUCGCCGAUGCCGAGAACCAGAAUCAGAAUGACCAGGAGGCCAAGCCUGUGGAGAAUGCCGAGGGCCAGCCUGCAGAAUUUGACUUGGCGAUGCACUACAAGACGCCCUGCGGCAAGGCCCUGUUGGAGUGGAUGCUUGGCAUGCUUUGUGGCGAUGUGGAGAAGGACUUCCAGAGCAUGUUCGCAGGAGCCAGCGAUCUCAGCAAAGCCUUGAAGGAAGUGCUGGCAGUCGCAGUUGAGUCGACGAAGUCCUGCGGAGCUUGGGUUAAGCUCGUGCGUGGCUUCAUGCACGAGCUGGAGGUUCGCCACGACGAGGCCGCAGUCGAGGUCGCAGUCGGGUCGGCGCCGAAGCCAAUGCUGCGGCAAUUGGUGCGUAUGUCCUCCGACGAGGACCCGGCCGAGCGGCUCGGGAAAGCCCAAGCGGAACGCGACGCCCUGUGGACCAGCUGCACUACCCACAGGGCGAAAUACCUCCGAAUCCUGAGCGGCAAGGGGAAGUCGGCGUCGGAGUUGCAAGAAAUGAUCCAGACGACGUCGCCCUUCAAGCUGUUCCAGCCGGCGGCAGGGUCGCAUGUCGCGGUCUUGUGGGCGGCCGACCUAAGUGGCGAGGCCAAGGACCCAUGGACCAACUUGUAUGGGAAGGCAUCGACAUCAUUGUCACAGGACGAGACCCAACGUUUGGAGCUCCUCCAGUUGCUGCGCCACAAGGAUCACUUUGUGGUGAUUGCCUUCGACGGGCGGUCGAAGUCGUGGAGACUCCACCUCGACUCCGUCAUCCAGGGCACCGAGCUGUGGUUGACCUACAUCGGCCGCCCGAAUGAAGGAUGCAUCCCGAGUCGCCAGGUUGUGUUCGGUUCUGCGAACAAGGAGGUCGCCAUGGUCUACACAUCGUUCUCGAGGUCGACGGUCGCUGUCAAGAACCACGAGCAGAUCGAAGACCUGUUGGAGGGCAGCAACUUCUAUGCCACCAUGUCUGGCCUGAAGUUCCCGCAGUGCCUGCCGAAGAUGACGGCGACAACGAAAAGCGGAAUUCUGGAGUCGUCGUCGUCGUCGUCGUCGCAGUCGCCUUGCCCGCCCAAGUGGCCGAGUGGCAGAGGAGUGCCGCUUUUUUGGCAGGAGUCGAAAAGCAAGCUUGUCUAUGCCACGCUGUUCUCCCAGCUCGGCGUGAAGAUGGUGGUCGAUCUCGAGGUCGGGUCGGGCGCGGCAGCCACAGCCGCCUUAGACGCCGGCAUAUUCUACACCGGGAUCGCCAAGAACGAUGCACACGCGGGGUGGGUGACAAACAUACUCGACCGCUAUGCCUUGUCCCUGAUGGUAAAGAAGGGCCACCGUCUCUACAACGAGACGCUGAAGGAUGCCGUGCGCGAGCUCUUCGGCAACGAAAUCGACAAGGAGUUGUCGGAGUCGCCGGUCGAGCUCGAGGGCGAGAAGUGGUCCGACACAGCCAUUCCGGACGCCGAGUGA